AAAUAUGACCCAGUUGUGGUCAACCACACGGACCACGCGUGAUUAGCAAAAGAAAACAUUUGUACCACACACAUGUUCACACCACAUGGUGGGGCUCAUCAUCACUGUGGACGGGAGGGUGAAAAUGUACAUUUUACUAGGUCCCCCUCCACUUGAGGUAGGGAUGAUACAACAAGGGCCAUCCCCAUCUCCUGUGCCAGGUUCCUACCACCCACGUCCCAUGAACUUCGCCAGAAUCCAUCAUCCGUCAGCUUGCGAGGGUCUUCGGAGCUUCGCAGUCUGGGGCUUCCCUCCGCGGCUGGUGACCCCGAACUUUGGAGGGCCGCACAUGCACCCGAACCGCCUGCGCGGCUACCCCAACCCCAUCAAGAGGAACCCGGACAAGGUGCGGCGGCUGCCCAACGUGAAGCUGAAGCGCUUCGACUACAGUCUCACCACCUCAGCGGAUGGCUUGUUCUACCUGAGGCCCCCCUACCCGCCCCGCAUCAAUCGGACCAUUGAGUGCGAGCCGCCGGGGAAAGCGAAGAAGAACCCCUGGCCCACCACCGUGCACAAGGAUUACAAGCUGAAGUGGAAGAACAUCGAGUACAUCUUCGUCCCGGAGCUAACCCGCAAGCCUCAUGGCACGCCGCAGCGCCGCUGGACGGGGCCGGUGACGCGUGUGGAGCACCGCGAGGGGAAGGCCAAGGUCACCAUGGUGACGCACGACGCGCGGCUCCUGGACUGGUGAACUGGCCCCGACUGACAGGGUCCAAAAAGAUACGGCUGAACUUGCGCCGUGGCGUCGUAUUUACCGCGGGGGGGCGCAUGGGGCGCCACAUCU